UAUUUGUGUGACCAGGUCUUGAACAGAACUUGGCGAAGUUCAGCUGCAGCAGACAAAACAAAAACAAUUAAUGUUUUCGCAUAAUUUUGAUAUUCCUACACAAGUAGAUAAAUAUUUAAGGCAGGGUAGAUCUAAUUGAUAUAUACAUAGGUAGUUGAGGAAGAAGGCGACAUGGCAAUGUCCCACGAGGACUUUUUUGACAAGUUGCGGAGUGACUCGGGUCCCCGUAACCUGCGUCAGAUUUUCGAGGACGACGAUCGUCCCUUGGAGAACGAAUCGCCCAGCUUGCGUUACCAGCCGGGUGGCUCCAAGAAACCACAGAGUACCAAGAAGCCGCUAGCAACCAGGAGCAGUACUGCGGACACGGGGGAUCCUCCCACUUCCACUGCCACAUGGAACACCGUAAUCGCCAAGGUGGUACAUGCCUAUCAGAACACCGAGAACUUGGGCCGCGUCGGCCUGGCUCUCUCGAUUUUGGGCGAGAUGGAGGCCUUCAAGCUGAUUGUGUACAAGAGCAAGCACCAGGUGCUAACCACCCUGCAACUGAGGCCGCGUGGCGGUAAAGUGAUCCUGCGGGAGUCCUAUCUGCAGUUCUACAACGACGAGCAGCGUUUCUGGAGCCUGCGAUUCGACAAGGAGCCGGAUGAGAGGGAGUUCGUAGGCUUUAUGAUCAAGUACCAACUGCCAGUGGAGCAGUUUGCCAGCGAGACUUCCUCCCCUAGUUCGGAAUCCCUCUCCCGUCAGGCUGUGUCCAAAUCCAGUAGUUCCAGCGGUAAGGAGACGACCCCAUGUCCUCCACAGCCGCAGCCGCGUUUGCGUGUGGGAAUUCCAAGUCUGGAGAAGCUGGACGAUUACGAACCCGACCAGGAACCGGACCGAGCAGCUGCCGACGAGGAUGUGAUAGUCACGCCACUGCCACGACCCAUAGGCUCAUCAAAUAACCACAGUAAAUCCCUGACCGUGGCCAACCCCGCCGUAAAACCUUCUGAAAAUCUUCGUGCUGUGAAGACACUGGACAAAUUCUUGGAUGAACAGCGGGCUUCGGGUCUCUCGAUAGAGCACAAGAUGGACGCCAUCCUGCAGGCCAUGAACCGCAUGGGAAAGGCGGGAGCACCGGUUGAAGCGCAUAGCGAUUCGGUGCUCGAACGCGACAGCGAGGAUGAAAUGCUGGAACUGGAGCAGAAGCUUCUCAACCUCAAGCGCGAGAACCGCGCCCUGAUGAGAAACCUCAAGGCGAGGGAACAGGCCCUCGAGGAUCUCCGCUGCUCCGCCUGCGCUCUCUGCGAGGAGCUUCUCGUCCAGAAUGGCGAUCUGAAGGAGCGGAAUGCCCAGCUGCUGGCCACCAAAGGUCACCACGACUUGAACUCAGUAUCAACGUGUCACAAUUGCGAGCAGUCUUCCAAUCAAAUGGCCAAAAUGCAGCGGCACAUUUCAGCGCUGCAGGAGGCGUUGCGGAUCUAUCAGAAAUCGGGCGAGUCCAGCGGAGGUCGCUUAUAGUAGCUAUCUUUGCAUAUUGUUUUGUAUUCUGACCCAAAAAUGUAUUAUAGCGCGUGUGGAGGACUCCAAGCAUAUCCAAAAAUACAAGCCAGACAACGCCAGCUUUCUUUAAAACCA